AUGGGGAAGCUAGAGGAAGAUUUCGAAAUCAACUCGCCAGCGGAAAAGUUCUACAAACGUUGGAGCUACGAAGUCCACCAUCUUCCUGAAGCCUCCCCGGACAAAGUCCAAGGAGCUGAAAUUCACGAGGGUGACUGGGUCACUCCCGGUUCCGUCAAACUUUGGAACUACACCGUCGAUUCAUCUUUGAGCAGUAUUAAGGCCUACAAGAUCGUGAAUCAGGUUUUCCCCAAAGACGAAGCAGGGACAGUGAAGAUUACGUUGAUCUAUGAGAAGUUCAAGGAGACCGAUGGCGAGCCACACGAUUAUCUCCGGUUUCUCGUCGAUCUUGCCAAAGAUCUUGACAAACACUUGAUCCCGAAACAAGGUUGA